AUGCCAAAUACCAAUCGUCUAUUUGUUUCCAUCAACACCACUCAACCUGGAAUGCGUGACAAUGAACCGAUUAGAAAUGGCAAAGAAGAAGACAAUGAGAAUGUAGAAGAUAUAGAUGAAGUGGAAAACUCUGAGGAAGUCCAAGCAUUGGAGGAUACUGACAGUGUACAAGAUUCCUCUGCUUCAUCAACCAAAAUCAGCUGGGAUGAAGAUACUACAGCAUUGCUUUUAAAAGUUGCCUUGGGCACUGAUGUCUACGAUGAGACUUUCAAGAAUGGUAACAACUUUAGCAGCCUGCUAGCUUCUUUUAAAGCGAAUGUGGACUCCAACAAGUGCAAUAACAAGUUCAAAGCAAUGAAAAAGGCUUUUAAAAAAGAAGCUGAUAGGACAUAUCUCCAAACUGGUUGUGACCAUAGGUUCUGUCCAUCACUUUAUGGCACAAUCACCCAAGCAGUCACAGUCACUAGCAUCUCUUCAAGCAGAAGAAUAACUAGAGAAUACCUUGCAACAUCACAGCCUCUGGAAAUCAUUAAUGAAGGUUUAGUAGUUGAUAAAAGCCAUGUUGCAAGAAGCCCAGACCCUGUGGCCUUUUCUGUGUCAACUUGA